AUUAACAAUCUAGGGUUUGGGGGGACUAUAUAUAUAUAGCUACAAAGGCUGAUUUAACUCUAUUGCGUCGUUGGAGCUAAGUUGCAAGGAGGCUGAGAGAAGUUCUUCAUCCAAGGUACAUUCAGAAGUAAAGGAAAACUACAGAUACCAGAAUGUCGGGUGAGGAUGCUCCUGCUGCUGUUGUUGUUGAGGCACCUGCCCCAGCUCUUGGUGAGCCCAUGGACAUCAUGACAGCCUUGCAGCUUGUGCUAAGAAAAUCACUUGCACAUGGUGGUCUUUCUCGUGGUCUUCAUGAGGGUGCAAAGGUGAUUGAGAAGCAUCAUGCUCAGCUCUGUGUUCUAGCUGAAGACUGCAAUCAGCCUGAUUAUAUCAAGCUUGUGAAAGCUCUUUGUGCUGACCACAAUGUUAACUUGAUCACCGUUGCAAGUGCUAAAACCCUUGGUGAGUGGGUUGGUUUGUGCAAGAUUGAUUCCGAGGGAAAGGCAAGGAAAGUUGUCGGUUGCUCUUGUGCUGUCAUUAAGGAUUAUGGUGAGGAAAGUGCUGGUUUGACCAUUGUUCAAGAAUACCUCAAGGCUCACUAAAUGAGUGUGGAAUGAUGUUGUCUACUUUUGCCUAUGUUGGAUUUCUAUAAGUUUUUCUAGAUUUCUGAGAAUUCUGUGUUUGUCAAAUUUUCUGAUGUGCACUAUUUAUAAGAACACCUUUUAGAUUGUUUGCCUUUUAUUUAAUUGUCAUGUUUGUUUU